AUGGCACGCGUCCUUCCCCUGCUGUGCGCCUGCGUCUGUCUCGCCUCGGCGUUGUGCCUCCCGCGCCACGCCGCGGCGCAGCAGGACGCCGAGGCGCGGCUGCUGCUCCAGAUCAAGAGCGCAUGGGGCGACCCGGCGCCGCUCGCAUCGUGGAGCAACGCGACGGCCGCGGCGGCGCUGUGCAAGUGGGCCUACGUGACCUGCGACGGGGCCGAGCGGGUCAUCUCACUCAACCUCACCAACGUCUCGCUGGCCGGCACCGGCACCGGCACCACCAUCCCCGACGCCAUUGGCGGGCUCACCGCCCUCACGGUGCUCGACCUCUCCAACACUAGCGUCGGCGGCGGCUUCCCUGCGUUCCUCUACAACUGCUCUGGCCUCGCGCGCGUCGACCUCUCCUACAACCAGCUCGUCGGGGAGCUCCCGGCCGACAUCAACCGGCUUGGGGGCGGCAACCUGACUUACCUCGCCUUGAACCACAACAACUUCACCGGCGCGAUACCGGCGGCGGUAUCCAAGCUCACGAACCUGACGUACCUUGCUCUCGGAGGGAACCAGUUCACCGGCACCAUCCCGCCGGAGCUCGGUGAGCUGGUUAGCCUUCAGACGCUCAAGAUCGAGACGACUCCCUUCAGUGCCGGCGUGCUGCCGGAGUCUUUCAAGAACUUGACGAAGCUAACGACCGUCUGGCUGGCCGAUUGCAACCUCACCGGCGAGAUCCCGAGCUAUGUCACAGAAAUGCCGGAGAUGGAGUGGCUCGACCUGUCGAUGAAUGGAUUCACCGGAAACAUACCACCCGGGAUAUGGAACCUCCAGAAGUUGACGAAUUUGUAUCUGUACAUCAACAAUCUCUCUGGCGACCUCGGCAUCAAUGGCCCAAUCGGAGCAACAGGUUUGGUAGAGGUCGACCUGUCCGAGAACCAGCUGAGUGGAACCAUCUCAGAGAGCUUUGGAGGCUUGAUGAACCUAAGGCUCCUGAAUUUGCACCAGAACAAGCUCACCGGCGAGAUACCGGCAAGCAUUGCCCAGCUACCAUCCUUGGUAUUCUUAUGGCUGUGGAACAACAGCCUCAGCGGAGAGCUCCCGGCGGGGCUCGGAAAACAGACGCCGGUGUUGAGAGACAUACAGAUCGACGACAACAACUUUUCCGGCCCAAUACCGGCGGGAAUCUGCGACCACAACCAGCUGUGGGUGCUCACCGCCUCCGGCAACCGCUUGAACGGCUCAAUUCCAUUCAGUCUUGCCAACUGCACGAGUCUCAUAUGGCUGAUGGUCGGAGAUAACCAGUUGUUCGGCGAGGUGCCGGCCGCUCUAUGGACGGUACCGAAGCUUUUGACCGUGUCAAUGGAGAACAACGGACGGCUGGGCGGAAGCCUGCCGGAGAAGCUGUAUUGGAACCUGUCGAGGCUUCACAUCGACACCAACCAGUUCACCGGACCGAUUCCGUCAUCGGCCACUAAACUCCAGAAGUUCCACGCCAGCAAUAACUUGUUAUCCGGCGAUAUACCGGCGGGGUUCGCCGCUGGGAUGCCCCUUCUGCAAGAGCUGGACCUGUCGGCGAACCAGCUGUCUGGGGCAAUCCCAGAGAGCAUUGCGUCGCUCAGUGGCGUGUCGCAGAUGAACUUAAGCCAUAACCAGCUCACCGGUGGGAUACCGGCGGGGUUAGGCUCGAUGCCGGAGCUCACCCUGCUGGACCUUUCGUCAAACCAGCUUUCCGGCGCCAUACCGCCGGCGCUGGAAUCGCUGAGGUUGAACCAGCUUAACCUGUCGUCCAACCAGCUCACCGGCGAGGUCCCGGACGUGCUCGCCCGCACCUACGACCAAAGCUUCAUGGGUAAUCCAGGCCUCUGCACCGCCGCGCCGUUGUCGGGCCUGCGCUCGUGCGCGGCCCAGGCAGGCGACCAUGUCUCGCCGCGUCUCCGCGCGGGCCUCCUCGGCGCGGGCGCCGCGCUCGUCGUACUCAUCGCGGCGCUCGCCGUCUUCGUCGUCCGCGACAUCAAGAGGCGGAAGCGGCGGCUCGCGCGGGCCGAGGAGCCCUGGAAGCUCACCGCUUUCCAGCCCCUGGACUUCGGCGAGGCCUCCGUGCUGCGCGGGCUCGCCGACGAGAACCUCAUCGGCAAGGGCGGCUCGGGGCGCGUGUACCGCGUCACGUACACCAAGUGCGCGUACACGAGGAAGGUGAACGAGAAGGUCGACGUGUACAGCUUCGGGGUCGUUCUCUUGGAGCUGACCACCGGCAGGGAGGCCAACGACGGCGGCGAGCACGGCUCCCUGGGCGACUGGGCGUGGCGGCACCUGCAGUCCGGUAAAAGCAUCGCCGAUGCCGCAGACAAGUGCAUCGCGGACGCCGGCUACGGUGACGAAGUUGAGGCCGUCUUCAAGCUCGGCAUUAUAUGCACCGGUCGCCAGCCGUCCUCGCGGCCGACGAUGAAGGGUGUGCUUCAGAUACUGCAGCGGUGUGAGCAGGCGCACCAGAGGACCUUCGACGAGAAGGUCGCCGACUACGACGCCGCUCCGCUCCUGCAGGUGCGUGGAGGCAGCAGCCGGAAACAACUCUCCGAUGCCAAAGCGAUUGACGACGAUGGGAAGGGCGGUUUCGACGACUGCAACGUCUGA